GAUCGACAACCGAGUCUGGACCUGGAAUGAGAUCCAAGAGCAUCCGCUCUUCAUGAAAGACAUUCCUUCGGAUCCACGUGAUAUUGACAAUUAUCCGAUGCUGAAUCCAGGUUGCAUUUUUUUUGGAAAACAUGAAGAUGUGGAUGACUAUUUUCACUUUACACUGGACACUCAAGAGAAUGAAGGGAUGGAGGCUCUGAGGACGCCUUU